AUUUUGAAGUUCCACAUAUGUCGUUGUAACGAUUCUGUUAUCCAAUAUUUGAAAUUCGAUUUUUUUUUACCCAUGAACUGUUAGUUCACAUUUUUUGGUUCACAGAAGCAAGCAUGAAUCAUUUUCGAAUUUAUUGGAUAGUAUUUUUCGUCUCCCAUUGCAGUGCUCAAAAUGAACACUCUGAGUCCAGUUUAAAUAUCAGUUCUGAAAAUGCGAUUCGAUGCGAUACGUACCAUCAAAAUCACGAAAUUCAGUAUACUUGGGUUAUUGGUAAUUUCAGUUCUUAUGAGACUAACGACCGUUAUAGAGAGGUUUUCUCCCCAAAUCUACAGGCACCCACAACAGACAGAUACGCAUGGAAAAUUAAACUUACACCUAAUGGCAGUUUCUUGGAUCAUAAAAAUCGUACAGGAAAACCAAUCGGUCUGGAUGUAUACCUAUCCGAAGAAAGUGCGACCAAAAGUGCAUUAGCUAGGUACAAUAUUUCAUUAAUAAAUCGUGAAAAAGAAGUAUUACUGCACAGAGAUUCGCCAAUGGAACACAUCACACGUGGAUAUAGCAAAUACUGGAGAGAUUUUUGCCCGAAAGAUGAUUUCUUGAAAAAACGCAUACUGCAAAAUGACACAUUAAUUUUAUCAAUCAACAUCGCAUGGUCAGGUGGAUUUUCACACGAAAUUUACCACAAACGUGAAACAUCUCCAUUGUCGAGUCCAAUACCGAAGACUACCAUCGUACAAUGCAUUCCUUCAGAAAACUUAGAUUCGAUGUUGGAAAAUCCGAAAUUGGCCGAUAUGAUAUUCUCCUCAACUGGCAGCGAUUACCGAUUCGAAACGUGCGUACAAAUUCACGAAUUAAAAUACAUUUGGGCGAUUCAUAAUUUCAAUCUUUACGAGAAUGAUAUUGUGUCGCCCAAGUUGUACGCAUCUACAACCGAUAGAUACGAAUGGCAAAUCAAUGUUACAACCAGAGAUGAAAAUUGGGUCGGACUGUACGUACAGCUAUCUAGCGAGAGUAAAGUUAAUAAGACGUUCGCGAAGUACGAUAUUUCAAUCAUAAACCACCAUAAUGAAGUAAUACACAAAAGAGAAUCGCCGAUUAAAAAAUUAGCAUCGGGACAAAAAAAUUACUGGGAAUUCUGCAAGAUAGAUGACUGUUUCCGAAAACAUCUGCUGAAAAACGACACACUAACACUUUUAAUCCGCAUAAAAUGGAUUUCCGAAUCUUCUAUACGUAAUAACAGCGUUUCCCUCCCUCAAACUACUUAUUCGCCUGUUCCAACAUCUAAUCCUGCCAUUAUCAACCACAGUAAUUUUUCUGAAAACUUCGAAUCGAUGCUAGAAAAUCCACGAUUUGCGGACGUCAUAUUCGUAACGAAUGGCAGCAAUUAUCCGGCUCAUAAAUUCAUUUUAGCCGCACGUAGCGCAGUUUUUGCCACCAUGUUUCAACAAAAAGAUACCAAAGAUGGAAAAUCGAGAAAAAUUCGAGUGAACGUUAUACACAUCAACGAACAAGUGUUACGCGCUAUGCUACGAUAUAUUUACACUGGAAAAUGUGAAAAUUUUGCAGAGCUAGCGUACGAUGAAUUAUUUGAAGUUGCUGCGAAGUACGGUUUAAACGGAUUGAAAAAAAUCUGCGAGCAAAAUCUCGGUGAGGCUUUGUCGGCUCAAAAUGCAGCGGAAAUGUUGGCAUUUGCCAAAAAGCAUCAUAUCGACAAAUUAAAAUUCAAAGCAAGAGAAUUAUUAAAAAACAGAUCGAAUCAAAAGUUGAAUACAACCAUUGCGAAAAUAAAAUAACGAUUUUUAUUCGUGACAACUUCAGGACCAGUUUAAUUGUUUUGUCUCUCUUGAAAAUCUACGUAAAAACUAUUAAAUUAUUGUUCUAGUAACACAUUCCCAGUUCGUUCCACCACUGUCUUUAACACCACGUUUCAAAGGCUGCGAUUUUCUUCUCAAAUUCUGCACUCAUGGUAUGGUCCAUGUUUCACAAGGAUACAUUAGAAUUGUCCAUGCAUAACAGUGCAUGAUCUUCUUUUGGAAAAUCAGGUCCAUUUUGUUCGAUUUCCAGGCACGCUGCGUAAGUUGUUGAAUGCAGUAGGUACCCUACCUCUCAAGGGGGUUGGGGACCCUGCCUUAAGACGGCGCAGUUUUUUUUCCGAAUCCUGGUACUCUUAAAGUAUCCAACCAAAAUGGACCAAAAUUCGAUGGAAGGUCCCUUAGACUAUCUACUACUUACCACCAGAAACGUAAAACUUUUGGUUUCAAACUCUUGUCUCAAUCGAAUGAAUUGUAAGUAAGGUCAAAUGUGCUGACGGCGCAAAAUCAUUCUGAAGACGGUGCAAAUCCAAUUUUAAAGUAAAACUGUAACUUAUCAUGUUGAAUGUAUUAGGAUCCCUAAAUUGGCUCAAUUACCCCAUUUUA